AUGCAGCACCGCUCGCCGGAGGCGCGCGUCGGCCUCCGCCUCCCCGACGGCCGCGGCGGCGGCGGCGCCAUGGCGCCGGGCCUCGGCGGGUGGAGCCAGCCGGGCCGGGGCCGUGGCGCGUCGCGGUUCCCCGUCGAUCACGAGAUCAACUCGAAGAUCUACCUCUGGCGAGGCCACCCGUGGAGCCUCGAGGUCGACGCCGUCGUCAAUUCCACCAACGAGAACUUGGACGAAGCUCAUAGCAGUCCUGGGCUUCACGCUGCUACAGGGACGGGGCUCGCCGAGGAGUGCGCCACCUUGGGUGGCUGCCGCACUGGGAUGGCUAAGAUGACAAAUGCUUAUGAUCUUCCUGCCAGGAAGGUCAUCCAUACCGUGGGCCCAAAAUAUGCUGUAAAGUAUCACACAGCUGCAGAGAAUGCGCUUAGCCACUGCUACAGGUCUUGUCUAGAACUGCUCAUUGAGAAUGGCCUUGAAAGCAUUGCUACUGGCUGCAUUUACACAGAAGCCAAGAAUUAUCCUCGUGAACCAGCUGCUCAUGUGGCAAUAAGAACUGUGAGACGUUUCCUGGAGAAACAAAAGGACAAAAUAACAGCUAUUGUCUUCUGUACAAUAUCAUCAUCUGACACAGAGAUAUAUAAGAGGUUGCUUCCACUAUAUUUCCCUCGGGACAAGCAAGAAGAAGAGAUAGCAGCGUUGAAGCUUCCAGCUGAUGUUGGGGAUGAGAAUGCAAAUAGCAAAACACCAAUUCCUACACUUGCAGAUAUCCCUCUUCCUGAUUCGAGAUUGACACGUAGAAGGAUCCUGAUCUCCGACAUUAAGGAGCAAUGGGAAAAAUCUGCUCAGGCAAACAAGGGACUUAACUUGGCUAACAUGCUUGGGUUUGGUGAUCUUGGCAGUCCACCAUUAUCUGCUGCUGAAGAAUAUUCACUUCAUUCACGAUACCUUGCUAAAGCAAAUUCUAUGAAUCUGUCAGAUGUUGCUGAAAUGAAAAUAAUUUACCGUGGAGGAGUUGAUAGUGAAGGGCGUCCAGUUAUGGUCGUUGUUGGUGCUCACUUUCUUCUUCGCUGCUUGGAUCUUGAACGAUUUGUUCUAUAUGUAGUAAAGGAGUUUGAACCUCUGAUUCAGAAGCCUUACACAAUUGUCUACUUCCACUCUGCAGCAUCAUUACAACCGCAGCCUGAUUUAGGAUUCAUGAAACGGUUGCAACAGAUACUAGGUCGGAAGCAUAAAAAAAAUCUUCAUACAAUAUAUAUACUCCACCCGACACUGGGAUUGAGAACAGCUGUUAUGGUGAUGCAGCUUUUUGUUGACGGGGAGGUCUGGAAGAAAGUUGUAUAUGUCGACAGACUUGUGCAGCUAUUCAGAUAUGUGCCACGUGAACAGCUAACCAUUCCUGAUUUUGUAUUCCAGCAUGAUCUUGAAGUGAAUGGUGGAAAGGGCAUAAUUGUUGACCCAAGAACAAAGCAUGUCUACCAGAGACCAUCUGGUUGA